AUGGCAGGUGUCGCAGUACAGGCAUUCAGGCUAGGUGUCAGGAAAAAGAUACAUGCAAAGACAAGGGCUGGACAGGUGGCGAGAGAUGAUGGUGGUAGUGCACCUCCUCAUCCACGACGACUCAAGUAUCGUGGUAAAGUGGCUAUUGAUGAUGGUUCUAAG